AUGGCGACCACACCAGACUACCACCUCACGGGGACAUAUACCCGCUACUCAAGCUGGACCGCCCGCGUCGAGCUCAUCCUCUCCUACUUUCAGAUCCCAUAUACGAAGCAAUUCGUACCUCUCGAGAAGGUCCGCGACGUCUCAAUUUCAGGCCUCGUCCCCCUCCUAAAAUCCCACUCCUUGAACAUAACAAUAAACGACUCCCUCGCCAUCGCCGAAUACCUCGCGGAAAGCAACCCGCAUCUCCCCCUCUGGCCUCGCGACCCCGCUCUCCGCGCCCUGGCGCGCAGCGCAGCAGCCGAAAUGCACGCUGGGUUCGCGACACUGCGGAAUACAUUCCACACGAACUUUGUGACAAACUACGUCGGCGAGAUAGCCGUUUCCGAGGCGGCGAGCAAGGAAAUCGCCCGGGCGCUGAGUAUCUGGGAUUCGGCGCGGAAGGCGACGGUCAGCCGACUGAGGGCGAUUGGUGAGGAGGAGAGUGAUCAGGGAUUUUUGUUUGGCGGGUUUAGCAUUGCGGAUGCGUUUUUCUGGCCGGUUCUUUGGCGCUUCCGAUCGUAUAACCUCCCUCUCGACGGCGCGACACCCGAAGCGCUGAAAUGGAUCGAGACAAUGUGGAAUGAUCCCGAGAUCAGGAAGAUUAUCCACUGGUACUACCUGCAGGCUGAGGAUCCGGAAACGCAUAUUGCCAAGUAUAGUGGGCUUUUCGCCGAGUAUGGGGUCAAGGAGGAGAGGUUCCCAGAGGACUGGACGUUUCGUGCGUCGGACGUUUAG